AUGGAUGAAAAAAUUAACAAGCAACUUGAAAAAAAUCCAUGGAAGUUCGAAUUUCGUUUCAAAUUCUACCCAUCUCUACCAGAGUACUUGAAAGAUGAUCUAACCCGAUACUUCCUCUGCCUUCAAGUUAGACAGGACCUGAUUUGCGGCCAAUUACCGUGUUCUUUCAAUACCUACGUCAUACUCGGAGCUUACGUCAUCCAAUCAGAGGCCGGAGACUGGGAUGCAGAGGUUCAUACAGGAAUUGAAUACCUCUAUAAUGUUCCCUUCGCACCGAAAAAUCUUCAAACUCCCGAAAUGCUUGUUAGAAUUGUUGAACUACACCAACGAUUGAAAGGCCGAACUCCUGAACAAGCAGACCGAAUGUUCUUGGAAAAUGCACGCCGUUUAGCGCUCUAUGGAGUGCACCUUCAUCGGGUUAAGAACCACGCCGGAGAAGACUUGGCUCUUGGGGUUUAUCAUUCAGGAGUACUGAUCUACCGUGGUCGCCUACGAAUGCAGCGCUACACUUGGGCUCGUAUUGUUGAGCUCUCCUAUAAGGGGAAAGAAUUCAUCAUGGUUGUACGACCUGUCAUUUUCAAUGAGUACAUCGAGUCGCCUGAUGGAAGACGACGAACAAGUGUCUCCUCAAAGAAUACAAAAGACUCGACAGAGCGUGGUACAUCCAGGCAACGUUCGAGUUCGGCGAAACCAUCUGCAAACGCUCAUCGCAAUGUGACUCUUACUUUUAAGUGCCUUAAUUCGGAGAUGGCUAAGAGGCUAUACAAUGUGGUGGUUGAUCAUCACACUUUCUUCAGGUGA